AUGUCUGCCCCCCCUGCUGGUGUUUCCUUCACCCCUGCAGUCCCAGUCAGUCUUGGCAUACAGUCUGCCCCUGCUGCUCCCACAACUGCUCCAGCAGCUGCAACUAUACCAAUUCCUCCUACCCCUGCCAACCCUACCAUUUCAGUCUCCUCUUCUACUGCUGUGACUGCUAAUACCACUCAGCCCCCACCUUCCUCAGUGGUUAUGCCUGCUGGCAACCCCAGUAACCCCUCCCAGCAGAUUUUGGCUGCAUAUAUGCUGCUACCCCCCUCAGACCAGCUUGUGCUGGACUCCUUGCUCAAGAACCAUCACAACUCCCCAACCUCAACCCACUGGUCCAAGGUUCAACAUGCUCUUCCUUUUGACCUUUCAGACAAUGCUCCCAUCUUUUCUCUGGAUGGCAUGUAUCGUCCUAUCUCCAAGCUCAUCAACAAUCUUGCUGAUGCUGGCUUCUAA